UCACGACAGCGCAGCCGCGCGAGAAACUUCGUUUUAAGUGCGCGGAAGGUUUUUCGUUUUAUGGUAGAGAAAUCCAUGGCGCGCCUUUAUUUUUAAUAAUUAUCGCGAAAUAUUACGAAACAGCAAAUCAAGUGAAAAAGUGUAAAGAAUGCCAACGAAAAAGCUAUAAAUAAAGUUUGAGGUCUGAUAAAAAAGGCUAUGUGAUUCAACGAUUUUACAUUUAUAAUCUUGAAAUAAGUAAAUUACGUGUUUUAAACGCAACGAAGUUUUGGAUUCCAAACAAUUUUUAAUAAAAGCGAUUUACGAAAAUGGAACCAGCUAUUUUAAUUGAUGAACGACAGCACAUACAGAAGAAAACUUUUACGAAAUGGAUCAAUUCACAUCUCAGCAAUACCCAGUGUACACCAGUGAAUGAUUUGUUCUUGGACCUGAGAGAUGGACACCGGCUGCUGGCCUUACUUAGCACCCUAACACAUACACAGCUGAAACCCGAGAAGGGUCGCAUGCGCGUGCACCACAUCAACAACCUGAACAAAGUGCUGCAGGUGAUCCAACAACACGGUGUCAAGUUGGUUAACAUAUCAAGCGAUGACAUUGUGGGCGGCAAUCCGAAGCUGACGCUGGGCCUUAUCUGGCUGAUAGCUCUCGAGUUCAACGGUCAGCAUCUAGUCAAAAGCCAUUCAAGCAAUGGCGUUGAGAAAUCCCUGCUGGCCUGGGCGAGACAAUAUACAGAGCCGCAUGGACUGGGGCUCAACGAUUUUGCCAGCUCUUGGGCAGAUGGACGCGCUUUUCUCAUGAUACUCGCUGCACACCUGGAUGAGCUAGACUUGGAUACGGCGCUGUCGCAGCACGCGCUGCAGCGUCUGUAUUUGGCCUUUGACUUGGCGCACAGGCACUUCAAGAUUGAGAAGCUGCUGGAUGCAGAGGAUGUGCACACACACAAGCCGGACAAUAAAUCCAUACAGAUGUACGUCAUGUGUCUGUAUCAUGCGAUGGAAUCGAUGCGAGCCACCGAGCGCGACAGAGUGCCCUGCACGAGCAUCACAGAUCUGGAUGAGGUGCCGCUGGACGGCGAGCGGGAGCUCUACACUUCCGAUAGUGCGGCCAGUAUUGAGUUGAAGUCUGCGGUGGAGGCAAGUUCGCAGCGUCCACUGAGCACCUCAACUAAUGCCAGCUGCGGUAUCGGCAGCUAUCAGACAGCCCUCGAGGCGGUGCUGACUUUGCUGUUAGAGGAUGAGGAGCUCCUGUCACAGGAGCUGCCAGAUCCGGAGAACUUUCAAGCCGCCAAGAUGCAGUUUCACGAAAAUGAGAGCUUCAUGCUGAAGCUAACCGAACAUCAAGAGUUUGUGGGCGAGGCGCUCGAGGCGGGCAGCAAUCUGAUAAAUGAAUCACAGCUGAAGGACGGCUCAAGUCUCUCCCAGGUGGACCAAAACGAAGUCCGCCAACAGAUGGUGCUGCUCAACGAGCGCUGGGAGACGCUGCGUUUGCGUGCACUGGACAUGCAGGCCAAGAUUCUAAUGCGGCUGGCCGAGUUCCAGAAGCAGAAACUAGAACAGCUUCGCCAGUUUCUCACCAAUGUCGAGGAUCGCAUCUCGCACAUGAGCGACUUGGGGCCCACCAUAGCCGAGGCAGAGCAGCAGCUGGCUGAGGCACGACAGCUCAAGGCGGAUCUGUGCGAGCAACAGGAGCUGGUGGACAGCAUUAGCAGCAUGGUGGUCAUUGUGAACGACACUUCCGGUAAUUUCAAUGAUCUCGAGGAUCGACUGAGUGCGCUCGGCGAGCGCUGGUCCCAUGUGGUCAAGUGGAUAGAUUUACGCACCGAGAAACUGCAACAAUACAAAUGCAUCUCCCGCUGGCUGGAUGCUCGCGAACAGGAUCUGAAACGCAUGGAAAGCCGUGAUGUCACCGACGUCGGUGGCAUCACACAGCGCAUCAAUGAGCUUAACUAUUGCGCAAAAGAUUUGCUGGAGCUGCACCGCUAUUUGAUUGAUCUGCGCCAAAUGGUGGCCGCCACCCUACAGGAUGGCGACGACAAGGGUGAGCGCGUGCUCAUGCAGCUGGAGAGCUAUGAGGAUCGCCUGGAUGCACUCAAGCAAAUCUUGGAGGUGCAAACGCUGCGCAUCGAGUCGAAAGGCUUCAACUUUGGACGCGAACGCGCCAGCUACGAUGACAGUCGAGUGGUGCGUCCCGAGGGCUGGGUGGACUAUCAAAUGAUAAUACGAUUCGGUGAGGACGAGGAGGACGAUGAUGAGCCUGAGCCAACGCAGCAGCAACAGCAGCAGCAGGAGCAGCAGGCUGGCUUACAUGAACCAGACCAGUUGGCCAGCAAGAAACGUAAACUGCGCAACGCGGACAACUUUUUUGCACUGGAAAAUCAGAUCCAGCAUCACUUUUCGCACGUGCAGGAGGUGGAACAGCAACUGCAGCAGCUGCAGCGCCAGAGCUUACGAAAUCAGUGCGAGCUGCUCAAAGAGCUGCAGGCCGAGAGUCAGCAGCGCGCCAACGCCUUGCCAGAGCUCAAGAAGCUCUAUGAGGUAUGCGAGCAGGAGGAGCCAGGACGUAAACUCCUGCUGGAGGCUGCCCAAAUCAAGCAGCUCGAGCAACGCUAUGCGGCACUGGCCCAGCGCCUGGCCAGCCAGCACAGCGAGAGCAGCACGCUGCUGGCCAAGGAGCGUUAUUAUAAUAGCCUGACUGGCUUUAAGCUGGUGCUGGCCGACUCGCGGGACUGGUACAAGCAGCACGCUGGCACUGCCAGCUGCCAGGAGCUGGAGCAGCGUCUCAGUCAUAUGGAAUCACUUGCCACGGAGAUAGCCGAGGCGCGUGAAACUACGGAGGCCCUGGACGAUCAGCUGCUGGAAUGGAAGCAGGACUUUGGCCUCUUCUAUGACAGCUGGCAUGACAUGAAACAGGCGCUGCAGGCGCUCAUACAACAGCGUGGCGGCGAGAACAUUGCCCAGCAGGUGCAGCAGCUCGAGAAUUUCGUUGGCAAGGUGGCCGCGCAGAAGGUGCGCGUCUCCAAUCUGGAGGCGAUGCAACAGCAGCAGCAGCUGCUUAAUCAACUGGUCGAUGAACUGGAGUCCCUGAAACCCUGCUAUGAGCGUGUACCCGCCCAUAUGCUCAGCGAGGAGCUGCAGGCCGCCUGGCAACGUCUGCCGGAGCAGCUCAGCGAGCGGGUCAUCAAGCAAACCACCGCCAUUGAGAACCUCAACCAUUUUGUGGCUGAAUACAAUUCGAUAAUAGCUGUGCUUCGCAGCGCCCCUGAGGUGCUUCAGACACAGGAUCUGCGCAAGCUGGAGAUCGAUGUGAUCAGUGCCCGGAACUUUAGCGAGAUUCUGAUCAAAGAGGCGGAGCCGCCACAGCGCGAAGCUCUGCAGGCCCAGAUACGCGCUCUAAAUGCGCUCUAUGAGCAGGUGGAGCAGCUGCAUCAGGCGCAGCGGCAACAGCAGUCGGCGAUGCAGUCCCAGAGUGACGCCAUACAAAAGCGGCUUCAACAGACGGAGCGCUGGCUCAACGAACUGGAGGCAAACACGCCGAAGUCGGGCGUUGCUGAAAUUCGCAAUUCCAAUGAGCUCUUCCAAAGCAAAUCUAAGUUCCAGACUCUUAAGGAAACCUGCGAGCGCGAGGCCACACAGUUCCGCGAGCUCAAUGAGCUGGGCGGUGAGCUACUUCUGCAAAUGGACGAGCUGCAGGACAAGGAGAAGGACUCCAAGUACGGCACGCUGGCCAAACAGUUCACGCGCCUGAAUGCACGCUGGACGGAGGUCACGGAGCGUGUGUACGCCAAGACGGCACUGCUGGAGCACAUCUCCACGCAGCUGGGCGAGUUCAAGAAGUUUAUGGUCAGUGAGACGGGCUACCUGGAUCGGCUGGAGAACAAAAUACGCAACACAACAAAUGCAGCCGAUGCUGAGGAAAUUAUAGAAGAAUUGGAUGAUCUGGAGAACGUGCUGCGCGCUCACUCCGACGAGUGGUUGGACAAGAUUCAAGAAAUUGGCAACGAGCUAAUUGACAAUGAAUUUAUGGGCGAUGUCAUGCGUCAGGAUAUCGAUGGCAUUGUAGAGCGCUGGACGAAGCUGCAGCAGCUGGCCAAGAAACGCGCCGAACUGUUGGAGGAGAAGGUCAGCGAAGCGGAGCAGUCCGAGAAAGCAGUCGUUCAUCUCGAGGCCUGGCUAACGCGCAUGGAUGAGAUACUCAGCGAGCAUCUGGAAAAUGAUGUGACCAUUGAGGAUCUGCCUGACGAUUUCCAGAUUUUGGCACGCGAAUUUGCCAUUAACGAGCAAAAUUUCAAGGAUAUAAGCGAACUGAUUGCUGAGCACACGGCCAAGGGCAAAACAGGCGCCGCCAAUCGCCUGCAGGAGCAGCUUAAUCUGAUGGAGCUGCGCUUCAAGGCAUGCCAGGCCAAGCUCAACAAAUGCACAGCCCCACAGCCCGCCUACGAGUCGCGCUUGAAUCGGGCUUACGGUGACCUGCGCAACGUGGAGCACUCCACAUUGGUGCUGGAUGUGGCCUCGGCGGGUCCAAGCACCGUGCAGGCGCAGUACCAAAAGUGUUUGCAAAUAUAUCGCACACUUUCCGAAAUCAAAGCGCAGAUUGAGAGCACUAUUAAGACGGGCCGACGCGUCUGUGAGGAUAAAUAUACAAAGAGUCCCAAGCAGCUCAGUCAACGCAUCGAUGCUCUGAAGCAUCUGUAUAAUACGCUCGGCGAGAGUGUUACCCAAUCGAAGGCCUUCCUGGAGGGCCUAAUCAAGCUGGCCAGGCAGCUGGAGCAGUGCUUCGAUUCGGCUGAUGACUUGAUAAGGCGCUUCGAGUCGCCGCAGGAGCUGCACGAUCGCAACUCCAUACUGCUCGAAUUCGAGGACGUGCUGCAGCGCUGCGAGGAGCACUACAACGAGUACAGCAAGUCCUGUGAUAAAAGCUGCAUGCAGGAGACGCGCCAGCGCAUCGAUGGCCUCAAAGCCACCUACCACAGGCUGACCAGUGCGGACAUUAUCAAGCGGCUGACCGAGAUGAAGACAACGCUUCAGAAUUUGGAUAACAUUUCGCUGGACACUUUGAAAACCAUGGAGCAUGACCUGAAGGAGAUAAAUGUGCCAUCGAAUCCGGAAAUUGAAAAAUUGCAGCAACAAGUCAUUGCAAUUGUUGUGGAUACGUUGAAAGCGCGCUUCAACGAAACAACGACGCUUGCCACAGUUGAAAAGCCAAAGCCAAGCGAUGACGAUACGGAAAUUGUUGUGGUUAGCGAUACAGUGCGUCAAAGACGUGCACGUACGCCACAAGCCGGCGAAGGCAGUACGCCGAACACAAGUGCCACCGAGGCGCAGUCGCCGAAGGUGGGGACAGCGGAUGCUAAGCCCACAUCAUCCAGUGGUGAACAGGUGCUGCCCGAUUUGCUUCCUCCUCAAACUUUUCGCCUGGCUGAAUCCAGCACACUCUUCUCACAGAUAUCGCUGAAUCCGGGCAAGGUGGCGGAGACAUCUGCACAACCAAGACAAGCGAAAAAUAAACGCAAAGCGCCGGCAGCGCCAGCUCAGGUGGUUGAGAUUAAAGUGAAAAACAUUCAGAAUGAUAAAAUGUCUGUUCAGAAUAUUGCGCUGGAGCCGCAGCAGGGCGAGAUUGUGGACACCGUCAACAUUUUGGAGAGCGUGGAGCCCCUAUUGCCCGAAUAUGUGCAGACUGUGCAAAUUGUCGAUCUGUCCGAAGACUCGGACUCCUCGUUGCGUGUCGAUGCCAAUGGCAAGGAGGUGCGACGCAGCAAGAGCAAACGUUCCCUCUGCGAUUCACCGGUACCCAAGCUGGAAGAUGGCACUGACGCUGACGCCGACGCCGACGCGGAUGAUGCGGAAUCCUUGUUGCGUCCAGCAGCGGGCAACACGAGCACACCUCUGCUGCGUGUGGAAAAGCAGCGUAUAUCCUUUGAUGAGAAACGCAAGCGCAUUGCCCAUGAGCGUGACAUACUGCGCGAUUCCGAGGAGGAUGAAGCGCCACAAAGCGCUGCGGCGCCAAGCGAAGCUGCAAUAGCAGAACAAGAACAGCGACCCAAAGCCAAACGCUGGCGUCAGCUGCAGCCAGAAAUGGAGGCUAUUACACCCGAUACGGAACCAGAAUCACCCAUUCGGAAUAGUUUCUAUAGCGCCGACAAGGAGGCAGGUUUUGAUAUUGAGCCGCUUGUGUUCUCCGACGAUGAGGAGAUACCGCGCUUUUCGCUGGAAAUGACACCAAGCUUCGACUCUGAUAGUGAUACGAGCCGAAUUGAGACGCCCUCCGCCAAGAAGCCGAACUCGUUCCUGAGCAAGGUUCUUAACUCAAUGCCCUCGCCACUGGACGAUUCGAAUGUGACCCUUAAGAGUCCGCCCAGUGAACAGCCCAGCACCAGCGUCAUUAACCUGGAACACCGUGUUCAGGAAUUCAAUAAGUUGGCCAAGCAGAUGAUCUAUAAGCUGGAGCUGACCAAGGUCAAGAUCGAGCAGGGUCACGAAACCGAGGCCGAGGAUCUCAGAAUGUUAAUAGCGCCGGAUGCGGCCACUCUGAUCUCACAGGGCGAUUCUCUGGUGCUCGAAACACACGGAAAACAGGGCAGCAUCUCGCGCCUGGUCAUGCGCACACAGAUCAUUCUUAGAGAAAAAUUCCGCGAGGUUCAACAGGCCAAAUCGAAAGUAACUGGGACGUCUGCAGCACGUCCCACACCGGAUAGCGUUAAUAUUGAGGAGCUGGUCACAAAAGGUCUGCGUCGCAUAAAUGUGCUCAUCGAGAAGCCCGUUAAUCCCAAGUCCAGCACUGAGCUCGAGAAACGCAUAGAGGACAUCAACGAACGCCGAGACGAUCUGCAGGUGAUUGUCGGCGCCAUUGGCAAGAACCACCAAAUGCCAAAGGUUACGCCCGUCAUGAUGAACGAAAUUGAAAAGACUAAAAACAAUUUGAUUGCUCAUGCCGAUUGUGUGGAGCUCUCAUUGACGGAACUGAAAAAUGGCAACCAAAUUGGCAACGGCAACGGCAACGGCAACGGCGCCACCAACAGCCGACAGGAUUACAACAACGAGGCGAGCGGCACCGGCGCUUUGACAAGCAGCUUCGAUAAGUCCGUUCUGCACAUUUCCGACUGGCUGACUUGGGAACAAAACAUGAUCAAGAUACAGAGUGUGGUCGUGGACGAUGUGGACGCAGUGCGUUUGGCCAUUGAAAAGCAGGAGAAAGUUUUGCGUGAAUUGAAAAUGAAAAAACCUCAACUCAAUGAACUGGUCCACACAGCGGAAGUGCUGAAGGGCGACAUUAAGCGUCAGCAAUUGCAGGAGAAAGAAUUAAAACAGUUCUCGAUAGCACCGCAUUGUUCAGCUGAUUUAGACUAUAUACGUUGCUUUCUGAAAGUGACCCGCCUGAGGGAGCAUUGGGAUGAGACGUCGCAGUGCGUCCUGCAGCGAGCAGCGCAGCUGAAGAACAUGCUAAGUGACUCGCAGCGGUUUGAGGCCAAGCGCCUGGAGCUCGAGAAAUGGCUCGGGCGCAUGGAGCAGCGGGCCGAGCGCAUGGGCACCGUUGCCACCACAGCCGAUAUACUGGGGGCACAGCAGAAGGAGCAGAAGUCCUUCCACGCCGAGCUGCAUCAGAAUAAGCAGCACUUCGAGCUCUUCAGCGACUUGACGCAGAAACUAAUUGCAGUCUAUCCCAACGAUGAUACUACCAGAAUUAAGAAGAUGACAGAGGCCCUUAAUCAACGAUAUUCCAACUUAAAUAAUGGUGUGAUCAAUCGUGGCAAACAACUUCAUGCCGCCGUGCACAGUCUACAAUCUUUCGAUCGUGCCAUGGAUCAGUUUCUUGCUUUUCUCUCGGAAAUGGAAACGCUUUGCGAAAACGCAGAAUCGGACGUUGAACGCAACCCAAUGAUGUUUAAGGAUCUACAAUCGGAAAUUGAAACCCAUCGCGUUGUUUACGAUCGUCUCGAUGGCACUGGCCGCAAACUUUUGGGUUCGCUCACCUCACAAGAGGAUGCGGUUAUGCUGCAGCAUCGCUUGGAUGAAAUGAAUCAACGUUGGAAUAAUUUAAAAUCAAAAAGUAUUGCAAUCAGAAAUCGCUUGGAAUCUAAUUCGGAGCACUGGCAUGCGCUGUUGCUGUCCCUCCGCGAGCUAACCGAAUGGGUCAUUCGCAAGGAUACAGAGCUGAGCAGCUUGGGCCUGGGGCCAGUGCGCGGCGAUGCGGCCAGUCUACAAAAGCAGUUGGAUGAUCAUAAAGCUUUUCGCCGCCAGUUGGAGGAUAAACGCCCAAUUGUUGAGAGCAAUUUAACGAGCGGUCGUCAGUAUAUAGCCAGCGAGGCUCCCGUUUCGGAUACCAGCGAUACGGAGGCCGCCCACGAUUCCGACUCGCGUUACAUGUCUGCCGAGGAGCAGAGCCGUGAGCUGGCACGCAGCAUACGACGCGAGGUGGGCAAACUUUCCGAGCAAUGGAACAAUCUAAUCGAUAGAUCUGACAAUUGGAAGCAUCGUUUGGAUGAAUACAUGACGACCAGUUCAGUUUCAGUUGUAGCUCAAAUUCUUAUAACCAACACGCUCAAAAAAAUGCGCCAAUUCCAGAAAGUGCUAGAGGACUUGAGCUCCCGAGUCGCCCUAGCUGAACAAACAAAGAACGCCUGGCAGACGCCCACAUCUGUGGGCGAAGCUAAUGAACAGAUGCAGCAGCUGCAACGGCUGCGGGACAAGAUGACCACGGCGAGUGCUUUGUUGGAUGACUGCAACGAGCAACAAUCCUUCUUCACCGCCAACCAGGUGCUCGUGCCGACGCCGUGUUUGUCCAAGCUGGAGGAUUUAAAUACACGCAUGAAACUGUUGCAAAUUGCGAUGGACGAGCGCCAGAAGGUUUUGUGCCAGGCGGGUGCAAAUCACACGCACGAGAACGGCGACGAUGGACGCAACACAUCGAACAGUGGCACCAUUGGGCCAUUACCUAAUUUGGGACAGAGUGUUAAGCCGCCCUGGGAGCGUGCCACGACCGCCGCCAAUGUGCCUUACUACAUCGACCACGAACGAGAAACCACUCACUGGGACCACCCGGAGAUGAUUGAACUAAUGAAGGGACUUGCAGAUCUCAAUGAGAUUCGCUUCUCAGCCUAUCGCACGGCCAUGAAAUUGCGCGCCGUCCAAAAACGACUGGCGCUCGAUCGCAUCUCAAUGGCCACUGCCUGUGAAUCGUUCGAUCGACACGGACUUCGGGCCCAGAACGACAAGCUGAUUGACAUACCGGACAUGACGACGGUGCUGCAUUCGCUCUAUGUGACAAUCGAUAAAAUUGAUUUGACGCUAAUGCUCGACCUGGCCAUCAACUGGAUACUGAAUGUGUACGACUCGCAGCGCACCGGGCAAAUCCGUGUGCUCAGCUUUAAGGUGGGUCUCGUCCUGCUCUGCAGGGGUCACCUCGAGGAGAAGUACCGCUAUCUGUUCCGCCUGGUCGCCGACACCGAACGGAGAGCGGAUCAGCGACGCUUGGGACUCCUACUACACGAUUGCAUACAGGUACCGCGUCAAUUGGGAGAGGUGGCCGCCUUUGGUGGCUCCAAUAUUGAGCCCUCGGUGCGUUCGUGCCUGGAGCAGGCGGGCAUAUCACAGGAGGCCAUCGAUGGCAAUCAGGAAAUCUCAAUAGAGCUGCAACACUUCCUUGGCUGGCUGCAGCACGAGCCGCAGAGUCUCGUCUGGUUGCCUGUGCUGCAUCGUCUGGCUGCUGCGGAGGCGGCCAGGCAUCAGGCCAAGUGCAACAUAUGCAAGGAGUAUCCAAUUGUGGGCUUCCGCUAUCGCUGCCUCAAGUGCUUCAACUUUGACAUGUGCCAAAAGUGUUUCUUCUUCGGAAGAAAUGCCAAGAACCAUAAACUAACGCAUCCCAUGCACGAGUAUUGUACAACGACCACAUCCACCGAGGACGUGCGCGAUUUCACGCGGGCGCUCAAGAACAAAUUCAAGAGUCGCAAAUACUUCAAGAAACAUCCACGCGUCGGCUACCUGCCCGUGCAGAGUGUUCUAGAGGGUGAUGCACUUGAGAGUCCGGCACCCAGCCCGCAGCACACGACGCAUCAGCUGCAAAGCGACAUGCACUCGCGGCUGGAGAUGUAUGCCUCUCGGCUAGCGCAGGUGGAGUAUGGGGGAACCGGCUCGAACUCAACGCCAGACAGCGAUGAUGAGCAUCAGCUAAUCGCACAGUAUUGCCAGGCACUGCCCACGAACAAUGGCAGCGCGCCCAAGUCGCCGGUUCAGGUGAUGGCCGCUAUGGAUGCAGAGCAGCGCGAGGAGCUGGAGGCCAUCAUACGCGACCUUGAGGAAGAGAAUGCCAAUCUGCAGGCCGAAUACCAGCAGCUGUGCAGCAAGCAGCAAAGCGGCACACCCGACGACUCAAACGGCAUGCAGCACUCCAGCUCCAGCAUGACGGGCCUGUCCAGCCAGGGCGAACACGGACAGGACAUGAUGGCCGAGGCGAAGCUGCUGCGCCAGCACAAGGGCCGCCUGGAGGCGCGCAUGCAAAUACUCGAGGAUCACAAUCGCCAGCUGGAGGCGCAGCUGCAGCGUCUACGCCAGCUGCUCGACGAGCCCAACGGCGGCGGCUGCAGCAGCGCCAACAGCAGCGGACUGCCCAGCGCUCCCGGCUCAGCGCUCAAUUCCAAGCCAAACACGCUGCAAACACGCUCGGUAACCGCCUCGCAGCUGAACACCGACUCACCAGCCAAGAUGAACCAGCAGAAUGGCCACUACGACCACAAUUCAAAGGGCAUUAUGCUGCCCGGUCUCAGCAACGAGCUGCAGCAGCAUUCGCAGCUGGCCAGCCUGGCCGCCAAGCAUCAUCAGCACCAACUGAGCGGCGCCUUAAACGCACUGCAUCAACAGCAGCAGCAGUUGCAGCACUCGCAGAGGGGCGUCCUCACCGGCAACGGCGGCAUCGACAUGCCCAAUAGCGGCAUGCAGAUGUCCAGCUACUUGGGCGACGACGGUCGUCCGCCUCCUCCACCGCACUCCAGCUUGCUGCAGCAGCAGAUGAACGAUCUUACCUAGAGCGUUCGGAGUGUAUGUCAAAGCGAAACAGCUGAUAAUUUGGUCACUGUCAUCACGGAACAGGAAAUCGAGUCCAACAACGAUGACUUGGAUGAGACGAGCAGCUGCGCGACUACAAAUACAACGACGACGACGACCACAAAUACGGAGAAAACCUAUGUGGAUUUAAGGAAAUAAGUUUCGAUAUCUACUAAAAAACUAAAAAAAAAAGAAGGAAACAAGGAAGCCCAACUUAAGGAUACUUCACUGUAAUGGCGGGCGUGCAAGCAA